AGCUUUCCACAGCUUCGUCCACAGUCCAUUAUGACAAAUAUGGAGACAACGGUACAAGCUGGGUCCAGUGUCCGAGUCUGGAUGGCCUGUCUGCUCCUGAUGUUUCCUACCAUAGUCAUUGGAACCAAAGUCACUCACCCUGAAGUGGAUACCCCCCUGGGUCGUGUUCGAGGCCGGCAGGUGGGUGUGAAGGAUACAGAUCGCAUGGUAAAUGUCUUCCUGGGCAUCCCCUUUGCUCAAGCACCGCUGGGACCUCUUCGGUUCUCAGCUCCACUCCCACCACAGCCCUGGGAAGGAGUAAGAGAUGCCAGCAUCAAUCCCCCAAUGUGCCUUCAGGAUGUAGAGAAAAUGAGCAACAGCAGAUUCACCCUCAAUGAAAAGAUGAAAAUCUUCCCCAUUUCUGAGGACUGCCUGACCCUCAACAUCUACAGCCCCACUGAGAUCACUGCAGGGGACAAACGGCCGGUCAUGGUAUGGAUCCAUGGAGGCUCUCUGCUGGUUGGCUCUUCCACAUCUCAUGAUGGAUCAGCACUGGCUGCCUACGGGGAUGUGGUAGUUGUCACUGUCCAGUAUCGCCUUGGGAUCUUUGGCUUCCUUAGCACUGGAGACAAGCACAUGCCAGGCAACAGGGGAUUCCUGGAUGUGGUGGCUGCUCUUCGCUGGAUCCAGGGGAACAUAGCCCCCUUUGGGGGUGAUCCCAACUGUGUCACUAUCUUCGGUAACUCUGCUGGUGGCAUUAUUGUCUCAUCCCUGCUCCUGUCUCCAAUAUCUGCUGGGCUCUUCCACAGAGCUAUAUCACAGAGUGGGGUUGUCAUCAGCAAGAUGCUGAAAGAGUUGAACGCAUGGCCUGAAGCUCAGGUCUGCCUUUCCUUCACUCUCUUAAGAAAAUUUUCUCACCCUCCCAUGAUGUUCAAGACCAAACACAGGUCCUCUGGCUUGCCAACCAAGGACUCUGCCCACAAAUGUGACAUUUCACCCCAGCAACUGCCCCCUGAGAUACUGCUCACCAUCAUAGAUGAAUACAUAGACAAUGGCUCAGAUGAAUCAGCUACAAGGUAUGCCCUCCAGGAAUUGCUGGGUGAUAUCACAUUGGUCAUUCCUACCUUGAACUUCUCAAAAUACCUUCAAGAUGCUGGGUGCCCUGUUUUCUUGUACGAGUUCCAGCAUACACCCAGUUCUUUUGCGAANUUCAAGCCAGCCUGGGUGAAGGCUGACCAUGCCUCUGAGAAUGCCUUUGUUUUUGGAGGUCCUUUCCUCACUGAUGAGAGUUCCCUCCUGGCCUUCCCAGAGGCCACAGAGGAAGAGAAGCAGCUGAGCCUGACCAUGAUGGCCCAAUGGAGCCAGUUUGCACACACAGGGUGAGUAGGUUACACAGGGAAGGCUUUGGGCCUAUCU